AUGGUCUACAACCUCACCUACCGCCGCCCUCAGAGGCAGUCCGGCUCAUCCAGUGAGUCAGUGACCGGCGAGCACAAGCAAUUGUCCAUCCAUGAGUCUGUCCGCUCUGGUAGCAGUGGCAUGUCCUAUGGCAUUCCUGAGGCGCUCUCCUUCGACCGAAUCAUCGCCGGUGGCGUCUGUCCUCCUUGCACUGUCCGUGACUUCAUGAACUUCUUGAAGUACAUCGAGCUGUCAGCCGAGAACCUACAGUUCUUCCUCUGGUACCGCGACUACAGCAAGCGCUUCAAUGAGCUACCUGGGAGCGAGAAGGUUCUGUCGCCCGAGUGGCAUGACGACAAGACUAACGGCGAGGUGCCCAAGCUCGUCACCAAGAAGACGCACCCAGAGGCAUCUGUCAUUUUGGAGGGCACUGACUUUGCCAGCGAGAAGACUGUGAAGCACAGCGACAAGAGCAACAGCAAUAACCCAUUCUUCACACCACCGCACACGCCAACAAGUGAUUUGCACCGCCGGGAGGAGUCGUUCGAUUCGUACGAUGAGAGCAUGACUACUGGCAAAGUGAACCACUCUGAACGUGCUGCAGGUGCGUUUGAGAAUGCGGGGCUCAAAUGGAAGCCUUUAACCGUUCAGCCAUACCGCGAGGAGGUUAACCGCAUCAUCUCGAUAUACAUCGCCGAUGGCGGCUCUCGUCAGCUCAACCUCUCCUCCAAGGAGCGCACUGCGCUGCUUCACGCUUUGCAGAACACCACCCACCCAUCUGCAUUCAAGGACGUCAUCACCACCGUUGAGUGGUCGCUCCGUUGCCAGGCUCACCCCAACUUCAUCCGCUGGACCAUCUGCAACGGCAACCGCCCUCGUGUCAUCUUUGCGCGCGGAUUGGGUAUCGGCGGCAUCGUCGCUGGUCUCAUUGUCGCUAUUAUCCUCACUCUGAGCAGCGCUGGUCGUGCUUGGAGGGCUCUCUCCCUAAUCGGCUUCGUCAUCGGCAUUUCCACGCUCAUCGCUGCCUGGAAAGGUAUGUGCGUUGUCCUCCACGGCAUGCACCACCGCCACUUGCGACCUUGGGAGCUGUUCACCUCAGACGACGAGCCACAAGGCUACGAUGCGAAGAUGGACUCCGCCGACACCCUCGGCUCACACGCAUCCAGCAACUCGUGGGAAGACGAGCCGUGGGUUGCAAAGUACGAGAAGCGCAACGUCGUUCGCAAGAUCUUCGAUCGCGAAGUCUGGAUCCAGGAGCCUGCUCUUCGCCAGAUCCAGGAUACCAUCUUCAUCCAGGCCAUUCUGGGCUCACUCAUUAUCGGCGGUGUUACGGUUGGCAUCUUCUGCGCCGUCCCCGCUGGCAACUUCUUCUAA